AUGGCCCCCUCUGUUGCUGAGAAGACUGCUCCGGACAGCGAGGCUGCGCCAGUGGGAAAGAACCUCAAGGUGGAAAGUGCCACGGUUCAAGCGGAGGAGAAAGGCCCCUCUUACCCCGCUUACUACCCUACCUUCGACGUGACGGAAAAGUGGCCUCCCACAGAGAUUUUUGAGCACCACGACCCUGGUCUGCGUGCCGAUCCUCGCAAGCCGCACUUGAUCAAUCCCAACACGACGACACGUGACAUCUCUCCCUACAUCGGUACUGAGCUGCUUGGCAUCCAGCUGUCUCAGCUCACCUCCGAGGGCCUGGACGAGCUGGCACUCCUUGUUGCACAGCGCAAACUCGUCGUACUCCGUGACCAGGACUUCAAAGAUAUCGGAUUCGAGAAGCAGAUUGCGAUCGCUAAGCAUUUCGGGCCGAUUCAGAGGCACCCGACGAGUGGCAACGUCCCUGGCUACCCAGAAUUCCAUGUUGUGUACACCGAUCCAAAGCACGACUUCUUCCGGGAGUACCGCGGCAACCGUAUCAACCGCACCCAAUGGCACAGUGAUGUUUCGUACGAGAAGCAACCUCCUGGCACCACCAUCUUCUGGAUCCUCGACCAGCCUCCCCUCGGGGGUGACACGCUCUUCCUCAGCCAGGUAGAGGCCUACAGACGGUUGAGCCCCGAGUUCAAGAAGAGGCUUGAGGGAUUGAAGGCGGUACACAGUGCUGUCGAACAGGCAGAGUUCAGCCGGAAGAAAGGUGGCCCUGUGAGGCGUGAGCCUGUGGAGACUGAGCACCCGCUCGUGCGCGUCCACCCCGUAACGGGUGAAAAGGCGCUCUACAUCAACCAAGGGUUUACCCGCCGUAUCGUGGGCUACAAGCAAGAAGAGUCCGACAACCUCCUCAACUUCCUGUACGACCACCUGGCCAGGGGUGCCGACUUCCAGGUUCGGGCGGGCUAUGCGCCUGGCACCGUGGUCCUCUGGGAUAACAGGCUGACGGCGCAUUCUGCCACCGGGGACUUCGAGGUGAAGCAGAUAAGGCACUGCGUGAGGUUAACCCCACAGGCCGAAGUGCCGGUGGAGGCGAAGCCGGAUUUAGAGUAG